UCUGUGACAGUUCAACUAUUUUAUUGUUUACUUUUUAUUUAUACAGAUUUCAUAAAAAAUAUCCACAGAAUUUCAUGAGGCAUUGAAUUAUUUUGUUUCUUUUUUAUUUCAAUUUUAAUUUAAAAUAAAAAUGGAUCGCAAUAAGCCAUCCUCCUCUUCACAAAGGGCACCAAAGAAAGUAUCAUCACAUGCGGGCAGUGAAUUUUUCGCUUUAGGUUCCAAGGGCUACAGAGAUGAUUCCAAAGCAAAAAUUGUGCCCAUUAGCAAGACGUCUAGUGGUUCGUCAGUAGAUCGAAAAAGAGAAACUUCGGGGGCCAGCACAUCAAUGAUGGCGGCUAAGAAGGCAAAGUUGUCGACUACUAGCAGAAUACCUGGUGAAGCUGCCAACUCAGCACCUUCCAGUGAACUAUGGGAACAGAUGGCUACCGAUUGCGACUCGCUUGAUAUUGUAGAAACAGUAACGGCGGCGGCUGAACAACACGAUACCGAGACUUUAGUGAGAGUCAUUUGUGGUUGCAUUAAAAAUCUUAUAUCCUCAUAUGCCAAAUCCAAGCCAGAUACGGUGGCCAUGUUGGGUAUUUUAUAUUUGGCCAAAUUACAUCCAGAUUAUUUUUCCAAUGAUAUUAUUACAUCUGGCUUGUUACAUAUCCUGCGUCGAGACUUUAAUGCUAAAAUGAGACAGACACCUUACUCACACAUUUUGGCUUGUAACCUUUUGGCCCGUGCCUACAGCGAUAAGCAGCAAUGGCCAGAAAUUUUCAUGCGAAUCUACAUAGAAGAUGCAAUUAACGAUCGUUUUUGGUCUGACAAUAGUUUGUGUGCACCGUUUAUAGAAAAUAUAGCAGCUGCUUUUAAAACACGAACACCACAACUGAAUUAUUUACAGCACGAAUCUGGGGCAGGGCCAUCAAGUGGUGCCGGUACUCCAACAACCACCACUCCCACCCAAUCCACACAACAACCCGCAGUGCCCAUAAACAUUGAUGAUGACUCGUGCGAUAACUCGGAGGCCAGCGGUUCAGCGAAACCCUGUGAUUUUAAACAGGGCUGUGAGUCGUAUUGUGAGGUAAAAGAUCGUUACAUGGACUCCGAGCGUAUCGUGGAGAAAUAUGUAACAGAUGCUAUUAAAGAACAGCUCAAUAAACGUCAACAACAGGAAUGCUACACCCGUAACUUUUUAAAAUUCCUCUGCAAAACGUCAGGCCUGGUAGAAGUGCGUCAUAUGUGCAUAUCACGUUUGGAACUAUGGAUACAUAAUGGCAAAUUGGUAAAAUUUGCCCAGGAACUAUUAUCGUAUGUAUGCUUCAAUGUGAGAGCGAAAUAUGUUAAAGACCAUGAAGUUUUGGCGAUAUUGGUGAAAAUGAGACUGAAAGCUAAGCCACUUAUAAAUUUCUAUAUGUCGUGCAUUAAGGAGAUGAUACGUUUAGAGCCGGGAAUUCUAAAUGUGAUUUUAAAAUUGGUGGUACAAAAUGAAUUAUCGAAUACGAGAAAUCCAAAUAAUAUGGGAAUGUUGGCUACCAUGUUUCAGGCGGCACCCGAUGAUUCAGCUAAACAUUUGGCGGAAAUAUAUAAAGAGUUUCUCUUGCAACGUGAUGACUGCUUACGCACGCUACGAGUCUUUCUGCGAGAAUUAGUGCGCAUGCUACGCAACGACAUCAACUUGGUGGUGUUUUGUAAAGUUUUUCUUAAUGGUCGUCCCGAACUGAACAAACAAAUAGAAAGUUCCGAAUUUCGAGAUCGUAUAUUUCAUUCCAUGGUUGAUAUAACAUGUUUAAGCAUGUUGCUGUCCGUAUCGCCACAAGUGAGAGAGGCCAGCAUAUCGUUGAGAGUAACGAAAGACAAUACAGCCAACAAUGCUGUUCUCUUAAAAUUCUAUAACCAAAUGUGUCAAAUACAAUUGGAUUGUGUCUCAUGGAUGUAUGAAAUUGUACCCACUCUAUUUAAACUGCAGGCAGGGGAGUUUUUCCAAGGUUUACACAAGAUACUGCUAUUGGAAAAUGCUGAACAGUAUUCACGUUAUGAUCAGUGGCCCUCCGAGCCGGAAAGAACUACGUUGUUACGUUUAGUAUCGGAAACUCCCAUACACGAGGACACCCUAUUGCGCAUUAUCCUAAUAGGAAUAACGAAGGAAAUCCCCUUCACCAUACCCGAUACCUUCGAUAUUAUUAUAUCGUUAAUUAAAAGGGCCUCAACUAUGCGCAUUACCAACUGUCCAGUAGUUCAGGCGAAUAAGUUUGAUAUUAUAGAUUUUCUCUUUAGCAUGGCCGAAUAUCAUCAUCCGGAAAAUAUUAAUUUACCCGUUGACUACGAACCACCGAAAUUGGCAAUUACGGUAUUGUAUUGGAAGGCUUGGUUGAUAAUGUUAAUGAUUUCAGCUCACAAUCCAUCGACCUUUGGGGCAUUCUGUUGGAAUCAUUAUCCCACCAUGAAAAUGCUAAUGGAAAUGUGCAUAACAAAUCAAUUUAAUGAGACCGCUAUGAGUAAAGAGGAAUUGCAGAUUGUACCCUUAGAACGUGAUCAUAUUGUUGAAUUUGAAUCGUAUUUAGCCGCUCAAACUUCUCAAGCUGUAAUUACGGAAGAAAAUGCCAUUCUAACUUCACAGCUAAUGCUAAUGGAUCCCAUGGGUGUGGCCAGGCGAGUACCGAGUGGGGUUCUAGAGCAGCUGCGCACUUUAAACAAAUCUUUGAAAAUUGGUCAUUUACUGUGUCGUAGCCGUAAACCAGAUUUAUUGUUGGACAUUAUCCAAAGGCAAGGCACCACACAAUCUAUGCCAUGGCUUUCGGAUCUGGUGCAAAACAGUGACGGUGAUUUUAAUCAUUUGCCUGUACAGUGUCUCUGUGAGUUUUUGCUCUUCAAUGCCAACAUUAUCAACGAGGAAAAUAGUCGUGAUGCUGAGUUGGUUAACUUUUUGCGCAACGUUAUAAUGGAUCCUACAUAUAGUAAGCAGACUGUAUGCGAGAUAUUGGACUAUAUAUUUAGACGUUUGUGUUCAACUGUUAAACAGACUCGUUUAUCUGCUUUAAGGGGUCUUAAAAUCAUUUUCAAAUGUUCUGAACUAAGUCCCAAUGAGUGGCUCUUAAGUGCCAUUCCCCAGAUACCGCAUUUUAAUGAUGUGCGUAUUUUCAUUAUACCCCAACUGAGAUCGGCUUGUCAAGUGGAGAACUCGCCGGAUUUGGUAAUGGCUUAUAUACAAUUUAUAGCGGCAAACACAUUAGAUGAUUCGGUAACUGAUAUGUUGGAUCAUGUUAUAGAUAUGGCUCAAUUGAUUGUUGAACGCAGCACUAUGUUUCAACAUAUUAUUCCCUUGCCAGAGGGUUCAGUGACAACCAUGGCAAAUGAUGAGCUGGCCAAGUUGGAUGAAGAGAAUCGUUUGCAAACUUUAAAGUGUUUAUUUGUCAUGUUCAACAAUUACAUUAUAAAACUGGGCGAUCAUCAUGAGACUUAUCAAUGGACUGAGUAUCCAGAUUUGUUGAUGGUGCAAUUUAAUGAUGGCAUCCAGUUGCCAUUGCAUCUAAAUAUAAUUCAUGCUUUUAUUAUACUGCUCACGCAUUCAAGCAAUCAAAUGCCUGAAUCCAUACCAAUUUUGGAUUAUUGGUUUCCAUUGGGUGGUAAUGUGCCCAUAGCCUAUAUACCCAAUAUGCCACAUGAACCUGUACAAUUGCUGCCGGACUGGCUGAAAUUGAAAAUGAUACGUUCUUCGGUGGAUAGGCUAAUCGAGGCGGCCAUAAGAGAAUUGACUCCUGAUCAAAUAGUGUUGUUUGUGCAAAACUUUGGCACACCCAUCAAUUCCAUGUCCAAGUUGUUGGCUUUAUUGGAUCAUGCUGUUAUCGAACAAUUCGAUACGGUUAAAAAUGCCAUUUUGAAUAAGGCCUACUUGGCCCAGUUGAUAGAAAUCCAACAAAUAAGAGGAGCCAAAAAUGGCCACUUUACUGUUCAGGCCUUGGGUUUGUAUUCGCAUUCUCAGACAGUAGCUGAUAAUCCUAAGAUAAGGAAUGAUAUUUUAGAAUGCAUACAACUGGAAGAGUUAACACCUUGUCCUCUAAGUCAAACCAAAUCCCUAGCCUCUGCUACAAACGCUAAAGAAGCGGAAGAUUUGAUUUACAAAGUUUUAAAAUGUCCCAAUAGCAAUCAGUUUAAUGAACAGGAUUUUAGAAUUUUACUUCAUCAACUUUUAAAUAAGGAAGCCUCUCACUUGCACCAUUGUUUUCUGAAAACUUUAAAUCAUGGCAAUAUGGAAAACUUGCUGAUAAAUGUACUGGAGCCAAAGCAGAUUGUUUUAUUAACCAGAUCCAUAAUGAAACUAAAUCCCCAGGCCAUUAAUGAAAAUUCAAAAUUCUUUAAAUAUUGUCUGCUUAAUAAACACAAAGACAGUGGUAGUGCCAAGCCAAUAUUGUAUACUAAUUGUUUGCAGAAUUUGUCUGCUAGUGGUCAACAGCAAUUGGCCAAACCCAGGCUACAAAAUAAGCCUUCCCGUCUUACAUUGCAGCAAAUGUUAAUGCAGUUCAGAAAUCGCAUGAAGUCCUCUUUAAUCAACACACACACUUUAUACAGUGACGGCAUGUUGGUGGACUUGUUGUCAGACAACGAUCCUGAAUUGUGUUGUGUCUACAACAAACAAGAUUUACCAUUUUUAUUCUCAAAAUCUUCGGGAGAUUUUCGUUUUUAUUUGUUAUCGUGGAUUUGUCAUGAAACCAACUGGGAUACUAUUAUAUCUACGCUAGAGUAUUUAUUGCAGUGCAAAGAUCAAGAUCUGGACUAUUCCGCCGUUUUAAAUUUUGUCCAGGCUCUCAUUAAUAAUCCGAAAUUGUGGCAGGGUCGCGAUCGUUGUGUUUUGAAAGCAGAUCCCACGGAAAACUUGUUUUCACUCACCGACAAAGAAUUGAAAAUUUUUACAGAGUUCAUCUUAAGAGAAGGAGAAUCCGAACUGAAGACAUCAGCCUCACAAUAUGCGUUCGUGUUGUGCUGCCGGAUUAAUCUUUUGUUCCGUGUGUGCAGAAAGAAUACCAACAAUUUGAUCAAGUUUAUUGAGUAUGUAUUUGAAUGUGAUUGUUCGCAAAAGUUGCGUUUAAAGGUUUUAAGGCAAAUGUAUUUAAUGUAUCCCUCCAUAAAGUUCAUACGCAGCCAUCAAUUGGAAUCAUAUACAGAUAAAUUACAAAAUCUAAAUGGCUGCCAAGCCGAUAAAGUUUCCAACAAUUUAAUCACUUGUUUGGGUAAUUUAUUCACCAAAAAAGAUUUUGAAACUUUUUCGAGCGAUACUGAACUUUUGAUACGUAAAAUGGCCGCCUCCCAUCCAGCUCUAUUUCUUAGACAAAUGGGGGUUUUAUCUUCCCUAAUACAGGGACGUGGUCAAUUAAGUUUGCGCGUCAUAAGAGAUGAGUACCACAUGCAUCGUUUUAUACAGAUAUUAAGAACUUUGGAGUUAUUGCAACCGCUUUGUUUCGAUGAUAUUUAUAAAGAAGAAUUCCAAUCGGCUUUGGAAUGCUAUUUUACAUUUUUCAAACAAUACAGUAAUGUCAAGGAAUCAUAUCACAUUUUAAUCAAACUCAUCGAAUUACUGCAAGCCUACAUUAACUCAAAUCCUUCGACGGCCCUGGUAUUUAUAGAGCAAUAUGUGGAGGUGCUCAUGGAUCUGGCGAAUCGUUAUAGUUCCUUGCAAUCGUUACAUCAAUUAGUACAAGGCAUAACAUUGCUGCAGCAGAAGUCCUCAAGUUCCUCGUUGAAUAAUGUGGAAAUGAAACAAGAUUUUGACUUUGAAGACACCUCCUCCACCUCUCAAGAGAAUCGUAAUGCCCAACUGCAAACACCCAUGGAGACGGACUCUUCGGACUCCAUGUCCAGCUAUCAACUAUCCAAUUUGGACAUUAACAGUCGUGGUGCGGUUACAUUCGCCAUAUCAGGCACCUUGAAUAAAUCAUCGUCCAUAUCACCCCACUUUGCAAAUCUCAUUAAGAUUGUUAAACAUUCUAGUGCGGAAGACACUAUAUUGGGACCCCUGCAGGAAAUUGAAAGUUUUACUUCGAAACGUUUUAAUUUUCUAAGUGAACUAUUUGAUCGUCUCUUAGAGUUGAUAUUUUCGCCAAGUGCUCAAAUCAGAUCGAACGCUUUUAUUUUGCUAAUACGUCAUCUGAAACAUAAUCCCGGCAGAUCGGAUGUUAAUCGUUGUGCUCUCAACGCCUACAUACAAUGUCUCAGAGAUGACAAUCCUUCGGUGGCGGCCACAGCUAUUGAUAAUUUGUCUGAGAUGACUUUGUUGCUGCAGGAGCAUGCGAUCGAGAUAUUGGCCGUAUCUUUUGCAUUGGGUAUUAAAUCACGUUUAAAUACAAAUUCACAAAUAAAGCGAGUACUACAGACGAUAAUGCUGCAGCAUGGCUAUUAGGACCAUGAUGAGAUGUAAGCAGAAUAAGUGAAUUUUAUCUACUAAAUGUAAUGAAUACGUUUUAUUUUUAUUGUAUUGUAUUAUUGUAUAAGCUUAACAAGCAUUAAAGUAUAAUUAUUUUAUAGAGAUAUAAAUAAAAAUUGAUUUCAAAAAAUGCGUGUGAUGUUUUGUGUCAAAACGUGGUCAGAUCGAGCUUUAAAUUGGUGGGGAAGUCUUUCAAUUUAACAAGACAUUGAGGCUA